AUGCCCCCAACAUUUAGGUCAUCCCGUUCCGGUCGUCAAUUCGGCGACGGCGUCAACCGCACCAGAACCGGCCAGGUUGACCACGAUGUCUUUGAAGGACUACCCGUUCGGCGAUGGACGCGCCAGGUCCAAACCAUUUCGCAAGAGCCGAAAACCGAGGGGACAGAAUCUAAAGUGUCGGGAAAUGCUGGAAAGCCCUCGAUCCCAGAACACCCAAUGCCUAGAGAUAGUCACCUCCUGAACCCAAUGAGCCGGGCGCUUCUGCGCGCGGCUCGUUCUGGGUGCAUAUACAUCCGCAAAGCUUCGAGAGACUUUGACGAUGAGGAAAAGGAGAUUACGGAUCCGGAAGAACAGCAGACGCAACAGAGCCUAGAGCGCAACUUCUCCAUGCGCAAGUGGACAACGGUCCCUAAACAUCUAGAGGCGCCAGAAGUGGAAUUUCUAGCAAAGAGACGACCAGGGUUGCCAUCGCUGUACGGUGCUACUGCUGGGACUGUUGAUGGUGCUGGAUCGGUACCAAUGAGGAAGACCCGCUUCAAGAAGGUUGACCCCGUCACAGGCAAUAUUCUUAUCUACGCCGCCUGGGUUCCUGAAGGACACAAGAUCGAAGGCGAAAUCACCGACGAAGUUCAAGUGGCGGCCGAGAGUACUCAAGCUACUGUAACUCCCCAGGCGCCCGCCCCUGGCACGGUCAUUGAAGGAGUCGGCGUUGUCAAUGCGCAGGGGGUGGUAGUUGCUGCAGCAGGCUCAGCAGCUGUUAUUACUCCACCAAAACGACGGCCUCCCCCUCCCAAACGUAAGGGUAAAGGCUUGAAAGGCAGGAGAAAGAAGGUCAUGUUUGCCCCUGGCGAGGGAGCAGACGCUGCUCUUGUUCAUGGUGCCGUAGCCGGUGACGCUGUGAGCUAUGCUAAAGACACAGAUCCCUCACGCUUGUCAGUAGACCAGACAACGCAGGACGAUGAGGACGAUGAAGGCGAUGAGGGUGAGGAGAGUGAGGAUGGGGAAGGAGAUGAGUCUGGCUUUGAUCCGAAAACCCCAGAGACGCCUGGUUUACAGCCCAGCACAGAACCCGAGCCUACACCCGGGCUUGGAACUGAACCAACGCCUACUCCUGGACCAGCAACGACAGAGAUUACUGCUGAUAUAAAAACACCUCAAGUGUCGCAGGCGCCGGAGCCGAAGCCGGAGCCAGCUGCAGAACCUCUACCAGCUUCGCCGCAAUCAGUUGCACCUCUAGCGCCCUCUAGCGACAACCCAGCCGCAUCCGCCAGCCUGUCCAGUCCUGCUCAACCCGUUCAAGCCCCUGAAACUGCAAUAACCGCGUCCGUUAUGGAGGACAUCCAAAUGACGGACGCUACGACGACCGAGAACACCCUGCACCCUGCUCCGACACUGCAAUCGCAGGCGGCACUAGACGUUGCUCAGCCUCCGUCUCUAGGGAAGGCACCUUCACCACCGCAGGAACCCCAACAGUCCCGGGCCCCGAAAACAACGAAUGUUACAGCUGAGAAUGCCCAGCCGCCGACUGUUGAACAACCAGACGUGACCAUGGAGGAAGCGGGUGAGCCGGUUCCCGAACCUCCGCAAGCCGAGCCUGAAAGUAUGGAUCUGUCAACGGAGGCACCGCAGACUGCAUUCCCAGAACAAGCACCAGGACACGACUUCGCUCCUCAGCAGGCAGACCAACCGCCGAGCCAAAAUGAGUUCGAUCUUCUGGAUAACUUAGAAGCGAGCCUGGACUUACCCAGAGCGACACCAAGCGACGCGCAAAAGGAGGCUAGCCCAGAGCAAAGGCCGGAGGCCGCAUCUAACCAAGUGGCCCUAACAGAGUCUGAACCGGCCGCUCCUGCGCAGCCCACCGAGGCACCAGCGGAACCCAGGACCACAGAGAGCACAACAGAGACAGUAGAACCCCCUCGCGAAGAACCCGUGGCACCUCCUGUCGAACAACUGACGCCGCCGGAAGCAGAGCAAUUGACCCCGGCGGGAAUCUCAGAACAGCCGCCGCAAGAAGUAUCGCCCGUCAUUGAGCAACAGCAACCGGAGAAAGUACCAGAAGCCCCUACAGCUGCUGAACGACUCGUCUCAAAUGAGCCAGCCCCCGCCCCAGAACCUGAAGCUCCGCAGCCCACAACAGAGGCACAAGAAGAAAAGCCCCAAGAAUCGGUCGCUCCAGAACCUGCUGUUCCAGCUGGACCUGAGCCCGCUGCGCAACCACACGCACCCGCCGCUGAAGAACACCUCGUUCAACAUCCUGCUGUACCAGCGGUAGACCCGGAACAGGAGCAGCAGGCGCAAGCUUCACCGAAUCCCACCCCUGAAGCUACAGCGGAACCUCGCGAGGAGCCCGCGCCCGAACAACUCCAAUCACAGCCUGCCGCUCAAGAACCCCACAAGGAAGUUUCUCGACCGCAAGCUGAACCGCUUUCCCCGCUGAAUCCUGAACCUGCAGUAGCUGAACCUACAGUAGGGCAAGAAGAGGCGCAAGCAGGAGCGGUUCGAGAACAAGGGACCUCCGGUGAUGGGCCCUCGUCGAACGGUGAGCAGCAAGUCCAGUGA